UUAUAAAUAGCAAAACAUGUGUUAUUCCAGGUUUUGUUUAUUUGGAUAUUAAUGUAUUUAAAUUAUUGUUUUUUUGUAUUAAUGUUUAAAUUUUCAUCAUGAAUAAUCCUAAACUAUUGACCGUUGUCUCGGUGUGCAAGGAAUUUGUACGGACUGUUAGGAAUAAACAUUGGAAUCCAGGUCCUAAGGAGUACUGGAAUCGUGGUAUUCCCAAUUUUGACUGGAGAAGAGCCAGAGGCAAAAAAGUCUCACUUAUUAAAGACUAUUUAACUGCUAUAGAGGAUUAUCGUGGUAAAAAUCCAGAAGAGUUCAGUCCUGAGGAGAGGAGAUCUUUGUACAAAGAAAGAGGAGUUGCACCGAUGAGAGAUUGGAAUGAAGAGACUAUUUUCCUUGCGUCGUCUUCUCAAAUUUUGGAUCCGUACGUUCCACCAGAAGGUGACGGUAAAGCAUCGAUAUUGUCCGUCGAGAGAAGUAAACAAGAAAGUGCAAAACUUAAAGCUAAGGGUAAAUCUAUGAUGGCUCUGAAAAAAAUUCGUACUUUCUUGGAAUAUUUCGACCCUGGCACAUUUGGUUCUGAAGCUAUGGAAAUAUAUCUUAAAGCCCACCAAUGUCUUGUCGAGCGUGACUCUGAGAAGAUAUUUGAUUAUGUUACAGAGAAGGCUUAUCCUGAAAUGACUCGUUAUGUUGAUCAUAAAACCUUGAGGUGGAAGCUGAUCAAAAGUAAUGAGCCUCCAAGAGUAGUCCAUGUCCGAAACAUUGAUGGCCAAGAAGCUGGAGCUCAAUUCGGUCAAGUUACUGUUAGAUUUAAUACAGCUCAAACAUUAGCUAUUUAUGAUUCAUUUGGUCGUUUAAUAUAUGGAGAUGAAGCCGUAGUGAAAAAUGUCAUUGAAUAUGUAGUUUUUGAAAAUCAUUUAUCUAAUGUUUAUGGUAAAUGGAGAAUCCAUGGAAAAAUAAUUCCUGAUUGGUUACCUUCUUCAUCACCGAUUUCUCAAACCUUUGUCAAGCCCGAUAUACCUUCAGAGGACGAGAUUAAAUAUGUCCAGCAAAGUCCAGCAAUUAAGGAAGAGUCUAACACUCAAGCACCAACUGAUGGGUUAGCUACCGCUUAGCGGCCUCCAAAUCUUUUUUAUACAUGAAGAUAAUUUAAGAUUUAUAUUCAAUUAGAUAUCUUUUUCGAGUUUAAUUUUCAAAAUUUUAAUUAAACUCUAAGUAUUGCUUAUGCUUAGUGUUGUUAAAUGUAGAUCAUUAAAAUCAAUGAAACUCAAAGCUCAUUCUAGACAAUGUUUGAUUGAGACUCAGAAACAUCUGCAUCUAAAUUGAAGAUUUCCUGUAAAAAUUUUUGCUUUAUUUCAAUGCAAAUUAACUGAAUACAGAACUAUUGUAAUAAAUCAUUGCUAAUAGCAUAACAGAGAGAAUGACGAAUUGUAACUUAAUUGUCUCAAGAGAUUCACUUCAGCAUGUAUUUGUAUAAAAUUAAAGUUCUUUCUGUUAUGUAAA